GGAGGAGUAUGUGUAAAUCCUUUAUUAUGGACGGUAUGCUGUUUUUAAUACAAUAUAACGCCUUUAAAACGGCACAAAAUGCCUACAUGUUGGGUCCAAGCAUGCUUUUAAGACAGUCAGAAGGACUAGCCCAGGCCUAACUAACUCUGGAUAUCAGCCACUGUUUGAACUUGUGCUAUGACUGAAAGCAAGACUGUCUAAGUGCUGGCUAAGAGAGGAAGAAGCGGCGGCUAGGAGAGCAGCCUGGAUGUCAGUACUGUCAACCCUUCAUUUCACCUGUCAGCGUGGUGACUGACGUACAAGCGCUUGUUUGCCCUUCCUGUGGUCUUCUCCUGCGUGUCCUGACAGGCGGAGGGCUCCGGAGCAGCACACUUCGCCUCCUGCAACAAGGUCUCUCUCCUCCGGCUCUGCUGUCAGCCUUUGAUCACAGCGAGGCCCUGUGUUUCGGCACUCAGGUGGACGACAACACCUCUCCCGCCCCGGCGUGGAAUCCUUCCUGCCCUUGCCAGGUGACAGCAGGGAGAUCUGAGCAUGCAUGAUGAAAGACAGACAGACAGGCAGACAGACAGGCAGGCAGGCAGGCUGAAACAGCGCCACAGGGAGCUUCCAGCACUGGUGGCCUGCCAAAGAGCGCACUCACCUAUGAGCUGCAUGGUGGUGUGACCGGUUCGGGCGCACGUAUAUGGAUUGCGCUCUUUCAGUGGUGGUAAGGACAGCUGUUACAACAUGAUGCAGUGUGUUGCUGCAGGACAUACAAUAGUAGCACUUGCCAACCUUCGGCCCGCUAAAGCUGAUGAAAUUGAUAGUUAUAUGUACCAAACUGUGGGCCAUCAGGCCAUUGACCUGUACGCAGAGGCCAUGGGUCUCCCACUGUACAGGAGGACCAUAGAAGGCUCCAGUCUGGACACAGGCAGAGAAUACAGCCAGAAAGAAGGGGAUGAGGUAGAAGACCUGUACCAUCUACUGAAGCUUGUGAAGGAGAAGGAGGGUGUUGAAGCUGUAUCAGUUGGGGCCAUUCUGUCUGAUUAUCAGAGAGUUCGAGUGGAAAAUGUGUGCUCCAGGUUGCAGCUCCAGCCUCUUGCGUAUUUGUGGUGGCGAGAUCAGGCGGCUCUGUUGAAGGAGAUGAUAUCUAGUGGCGUCCACGCCCUCCUCAUCAAAGUGGCGGCGUUCGGCCUGGAUCCUGGAAAACAUUUAGGAAAAACUCUGGCUGAGAUGGAGCUCUGUCUGCAACAGCUUUCACAGAAGUAUGGAGUCCAUAUCUGUGGGGAGGGAGGCGAGUAUGAGACCUUCACCACUGACUGCCCUCUCUUCAAGAAAAAAAUAGUCAUUGACGAGAUGGAAACGGUGAUCCACUCAGCAGAUGCCUUCGCUCCUGUGGGAUACUUGAGAUUCACACAGAUGCACACAGAAGACAAAGAUAUUGGCUCCACGGAGAGCGCUCUGCCCCUUGGUAGUUGUCCUUGCCAGAGUGCCAUUGACAAGAUGACUGAGGAGGCGGUAUAUGCUGAUAAAACCCAAGACAUCCAGGAAGAAUUUACAUCAAAUGCUUGCCGGCCCUGGUGCUCAGCCAGAAGCUCUGUGGGCUAUCAGUGGAUCACUGGCAUCGGUGGCCUUCCCUCUGAACACACAGAUGUCCGGGGCCAAACCCAGCACGCUCUCACUCAGCUGCAAGGUGAAUUAAAGGAGAGAGGAUUCCAGUUAAAGCACAUUGUGCUCGUUCACCUGUAUGUAAAAAACAUGGAGGACUUUGCCGAAGUCAAUUCAGUGUACUGCACUUUCUUCAGCCAUAAUCCACCAGCAAGGGUGUGUGUGCAGACAUGUCUGUCUGCGGGUCAGCUCCUGCAGAUGGACGUUUUGCUCCAUGACUGGACUCUGCCUCCUCAGGACGGCUGCUUUCACCAGAGGGACACCCUUCAUGUCCAGAGCCUGUCUCACUGGGCCCCGGCCAACAUCGGGCCCUACAGCCAGGCUGUGAGGGUGGAUGAAGCUGUGUUCUGUGCAGGGCAGAUAGCUCUGGUCCCCUGCACCAUGAAGCUGCUGAAUAGGGGUCCAGCCUCGCAGGCCCAGAUGUCCUACAGCCAUGUGGAGAAAGUCCUGAGUGCCAUGGGCCAGAAUCUUACCCUGAGCCAUGUGCUGCAGGCUCACUGCUACGUCUCCCACCACUCAUACAUACCAUCAGCCAAAGAGGUCUGGAGCAGCAAGCUACAGGAGAAGCAGGAUCAGGUGGCCUGUUUCGGGGCAGAGGAAAUUCAGGGCACUCCUCUGGUGGUUGCAGUGGUGCCCUCUUUACCCAGAGGAGCAGCUGUGGAGUUGCACGUCAUCGCUGUACAGGACGAUCCUGCAGAGAGGACAUUUAGUCACCAGGCCUUGGAUGUCCCAGGUGGAACCAUCCAGUGGGACCUGCUACAGUCCAGCACUGGGCAGUAUGCCACGCUCUCUCUGAGUGUGUCCCUCACUGGAUCAUGCACAUCGCCAGGGCUUGCGGAGACCGAGACCAUUCUACAGGCUCUAGGGUCCUCCAUGCAGCAGGCUGUAGCACAAAUGAAGAAGACUCUCUCCCCUUUAUGUGCCAGAGUCUUCUACAGGAGCAGCAGCAGGAUUGCCAGAGAGCUCUCUGCAGGGCUGGAGGGCUGCUUGGAAAGCAUGCUGGGUCAGAGCAGGCCUGCACUGGUGCUGGUGCCUGUUCUGGAACUGCCGGACUGUGCUGCCCUCCACCUCUCCUGCUGGCUCAGCAUAUAGCAGGACGAGAGGUCCAGGCACACUGACCUCAGGUCUGACCAGAAAGAGUAUACUCACCGACACAAACCCACAUUCAUACACACUGACAGCAGAGGACCAAGACAGCAAAGUGCCUCUCUACAGCCCAUCUGUAAUUGGAGCAUCCAACUAAAUAAGAGCCACAGAACCUUAAAAGAAAGGUUUGUAUUCUAUAUAAGGAAAAAGAAGCUGAUCUGUUUUUGAUAAAUAAAUGAAGGAAAUGUUGAAUAAAACAUAAAAAA